CCCAAGACCCUGCAUUCACUAUAUCUGGUCUCCCCGGACCCUGCAUUCACUAUAUCUGGUCUUCCGCAGAACCUGAAUUCACUAUAUCUGGUCUCCCACAGUACACACAACAUGGAUGUGCAAUUAUUUUGGAAACUAUAAAUUGCAAAAUACCUUUUCUCAUCAGCAGUUAGAGCAGUCUUGUGACUUCUAUCAGUGUCCAGCCAAGCACAUGUCGAAGCUUGUAGGAGGGGUUUUUAUUUUGCUCUAG